CCCGUGCGCUUGCCAGGGAAGCACUUAUUCCACUGAGCCAUCUCCCCAGCCCCCAAAAGGUCUAUUUCUAAUUCGAAAUACAAAGACAGUUUUCUACAGAUGUUUUUCGAAGACCAUGCACAAAACUUACCAGUAGCGGACAAACACUUUAAUAUAUCAUUUAACUGAAAAAAUAUUGAGCAUACAACCCUUGUGCAUGAAAGAAAAUAUUAUAAUAUCUGUUAGAUCGUCUAUGCCACAAACAGGCUCAUUGGUAUCUGCAGGCACCCAUGGAAUUAUGGCAUUCAGGCUUCAUUUUAUUGUAGUAUGUAAAAAUAUAUAGUUCACUUUCUAAAGUCGGAUUUUGAAUACCAUGGCUGCAGCUGGGUCCACCACAGAAAAUAGGUACUUUAUUUCUCAUUGGCAAGCAAAGUUUUAAAGUAGAUUUUAGUCUGAACUUUCUGAAUUACAAACUCAAGGGUUGUCACACUUUCAUUGUUUCUUUCUUACUGGUAAUCUGGGAUAAUCUGGUGCAGUGAUUGUUACAUUUAGGAGUGCUCAGAAUCAAAUGACUGUAAGCUCUCAUCAGUUUUGGGAAAACAUUAGUCCGAUGCCUUUAGAAUUUGUUGUUGGUUUCUCUGAAUGUUGUGGGGGUUUUCCCCUCAUGUGUUCUUUUUUGUUAGCAACCUUUCCCCUCGAUCUCACAAAAACUCGACUGCAAAUGCAAGGAGAAGCUGCUUUGGCACGGUUGGGAGACAGUGCAAGAGAAUCUGCCCCCUAUAGGGGCAUGGUUCGCACGGCCCUAGGAAUUGUCCAGGAGGAAGGCUUUCUAAAGCUCUGGCAAGGAGUGACACCCGCCAUUUACAGACACGUAGUGUACUCCGGAGGUCGGAUGGUCACUUACGAACAUCUCCGAGAGGUUGUGUUUGGCAAAAAUGAAGAUGAACAUUAUCCCCUUUGGAAAUCGGUCAUUGGAGGGAUGAUGGCUGGUGUUAUUGGCCAAUUUUUAGCCAAUCCAACCGACCUAGUGAAGGUUCAGAUGCAGAUGGAAGGCAAACGGAAACUCGAAGGGAAGCCACUGAGAUUUCGUGGUGUGCAUCAUGCAUUUGCAAAAAUCUUAGCAGAAGGAGGAAUUCGUGGGCUGUGGGCCGGCUGGAUACCCAAUAUCCAAAGAGCAGCGCUGGUAAACAUGGGAGAUUUAACCACUUACGACACAGUGAAACACUACUUGGUUUUGAAUACACCACUUGAGGACAAUAUCAUGACUCAUGGUUUGUCCAGCUUGUGUUCGGGACUGGUAGCGUCUAUUUUGGGAACACCAGCUGAUGUCAUCAAAAGCCGAAUAAUGAACCAGCCACGAGAUAAACAAGGAAGGGGGCUUUUGUACAAAUCGUCGACCGACUGCUUGGUUCAGGCUGUUCAGGGUGAAGGGUUCAUGAGUCUGUACAAGGGCUUUUUACCGUCUUGGCUGCGAAUGACCCCUUGGUCAUUGGUGUUCUGGCUCACUUAUGAAAAAAUCAGAGAGCUGAGUGGAGUCAGCCCAUUUUAAGCCCUUACAGAUACAGUGCUCAGGAUACUGAAUGUGGGCAUCUGCAACACAUACCCCCUAUUAUUUCUACCUCUUUAGGAAGACACUACUCCACUGAGACUGUGAUUUAUAGGGGGCAGCACUUUGUUUUUCCCCUGGAAACCCAAGUUCUCUUUGACUCCUCUUUUUGUCUAAAAGUGAUCUAGUCCGAUCUCACAAGACCACCCGGUGAGAGCCAGCACAGUGUUCAUAAAGAAGAAGAGAACCCUGGCCACUCUCACCUUGGCAGGAAGGCCUGGCCUCUGACACUGCUCUGUGCGAGGAGGCGCUUACCAGGAAGAGGAGGAGCAGGCGGGCACCAGCCUCUGGGAUCUGGGCAGACGGCAGGGACCUGGAGCAAUAUAUGCGCAUAUGUACAUCUAUACACACCAGUGCGUCAGAAGUGUACCCCACCUGCUGCGUCAGUGUUUAUAGCCGAAGUUCAUCCACGUGCUGUUCUGUUGUUAAAAUGCAUAUGGAAUGAACUAAAGGGAGGCAAAUGAAAGUUCAUGAAUAAACAUUUUGAAAUUCCCUCAUAUUGAAGGAAGUCCAUGUGCCUUUCCUUGCAAGGAGGAUGAAUGAAGUCAAGUUGAGAUGGUGUUUGUGUUUCAAGGACAGAUGAGGUUGCUGUCCCUGCGGUCAGUAGGGUGGCACUAAUUCAUCUCCACACUUGCCAGCAGUAACUUCCCGACAGCCGCAGACCCGGGAUCCUUGGCAACGGUUCCUCUUACGACUCAGACUCGCCACCAGCUUGCAGGACUCCUGACCUGUGAUCUACAAGUCGUGAUCAAAGCAUAGCGGUGCAGGUCCUCUUACAAAGGACCUUUUGCUGCCAGCAGCCCUUCAGUGGUAUUCAAAAGCAAGAGGAGAAGAAGCCAGCUAGCUCUGUGGGUCCUUAUCCCUCCCCUGACACUAGUGGCUCCAAGAGAAGAAGAGCGGAUGAAAACUCAGAGCAUCACCCACUGAAUCUCAGCCUGAUAAAGCGUCUUGCCUGAAAUGAGAUUAAACUGGCACAGUCAUGUCUCCAACCUUCAAAUUAAAUUCCUUUUCUUAUUUUAGAAAGGUAAGUGAUCUUUCCAGGUUCACCAGCUCCACUGAAUCUCAGAGUGACAUUUUGGGGGUGGGGAGAUAACCUGUGGUCUAGGCACCUACAUGGCAGGUGCAAGGACCUGCGCUCGAU